CUCUCCGGAUCGACUCCUCCUCCUCCUCCUCCUCCUCUCUCUCUCUCUCUCUCCUCCCUCUCUUCCUCCUUUCCAAACCCUAACCCUUACCUUUUAUUCUUCCCAUUGAAGCUUCGAUCCGCCUGAUCCUCUUCUGCUGGGGCACGUCGCGGCCGCUUCUCCUUUCGAAUUCCGGCCUCCGAGAUCGGCUCCCGUCAACCGCAGAUCGGACGGGCCGGAGGUGGGGGGCUGGAAGAUGCCGUCGUACGCGGACCUGGACCGCCAGAUCGAGCAGCUCAGAGAAUGCAAGUUCCUGCCGGAGGCGGAGGUGAGGGCCCUCUGUGACCAGGCGCGGGCUGUCCUCGUCGAGGAGUGGAACGUGCAGCCGGUGAGGUGCCCCGUCACGGUCUGUGGUGAUAUCCAUGGGCAGUUCUACGAUCUCGUCGAGCUCUUCCGGAUCGGUGGGGAGGCGCCCGAUACCAAUUACCUCUUUAUGGGGGACUAUGUAGAUCGUGGCUAUUACUCUGUUGAGACGGUCACACUUUUGGUGGCCUUGAAAGUUCGUUAUAGAGACAGAAUUACCAUCCUUAGAGGAAAUCAUGAGAGCCGGCAAAUAACUCAAGUGUAUGGCUUUUAUGAUGAGUGUUUGAGGAAGUAUGGGAAUGCCAAUGUGUGGAAGUAUUUUACUGACCUUUUUGAUUAUCUGCCUCUUACAGCUCUUAUCGAGAGUCAGAUAUUCUGUUUGCAUGGUGGUCUAUCCCCAUCAUUGGAUACAUUAGAUAAUAUUCGUGCUCUGAAUCGUAUACAGGAGGUUCCACAUGAAGGUCCCAUGUGUGAUCUUCUCUGGUCUGAUCCUGAUGAUCGAUGCGGAUGGGGAAUAUCACCAAGGGGAGCAGGAUACACAUUUGGACAAGAUAUUGCGCAACAGUUUAAUCAUAAUAAUGGCCUAACUCUGAUUGCAAGAGCCCAUCAACUUGUUAUGGAAGGUUUUAAUUGGUGCCAGGACAGAAAUGUUGUUACCGUGUUUAGCGCGCCAAACUACUGUUACCGGUGUGGUAACAUGGCAGCUAUAUUAGAGAUUGGGGAGAACAUGGAUCAGAACUUCCUUCAGUUUGAUCCAGCACCACGACAAAUCGAGCCCGAUACUACUCGCAAAACUCCCGACUACUUCUUGUAGUCUCGGGAACACUUGGUUGGCUUAAAACGAAGUGUCUACCUUCAUGUAUGAUGUGUGAAAGUCAUUGAAAUGAGCUUCUGGUGGUUGGAAAUACCCCCAUAUUUAACAUUUUUGUUUGGAAGCUGUAGCGACUGGUGGUGCUGCUGGUUGCAAGGAAGUGAAUGCAGAAGCAGCAAUAAGAAGCAAGAUUAUCAUGUUUUAUACACAUUCUCUGUUCAAAUUGGAAGAUGCGAAUGUGACUGCCUGCUGCUGUUCAACUAUAAGUUCUGCAGUUGAUCAUUGGUGUUUCUUACCCUAACCAUUGUUCAUGGCAACUGAGGUUGUCUGAGUACUCGAGUCAGUGGAGGUCUCCUAAGAUUCCUUGUGCUUGCUCGGGGUUCUCUGGAUGACAGCAUCCAAUUUUCUGUUAAAUAUUAGGGCUUUCUUCAGGUGACUUGUCUGUGAAUCUUACAAUAUGAAUUGGUUGUGGCUUUGGUAGGCGUCCUUUUCUGUUAAAUAUUGUUGUUUUCUCACAUAAGACCUCAUCUGAGUUGGAGCAACACAGUCUUGUUCUCUGUUAACACUAAGUUCCAUCAAGAGUUGGGAUGAUUGAUGUUAUCAUGAAACGAGACGUACAAAAAUGCUCUCUUUGUCA